UUUGCACUAGCAGUUUUGACCCCUCUGUCUCUUCAAAAGCCUCCUUCCUCUCUCUCUCUCUCUCUCUCUCUCUCUCUCUCUCUCUCUCUAAAUUCAUCAAAAUCUUCUUUCAUCAGAAAAAGAGAUUUUAUAUUCUGAUUAUAAGAUUGCUAGUUGAUUCUUCAGAAGACAAAAGAUUCACCAGCUGUGUUUGUGUGGGAUUUAACGACAGAAAAGUUUGUUGAUUGUCUUAUAGCUUGGGGGAUAAGGUGUUUUGUGGAGUUAAUUCGCUCAAUUUGAUGCCAGAUUGAAGAUUUCUCUUGUUUCGGUUGUGAUUUGAGUUGAUUUAUAGCUUGUGAAGGUGGAGAUUCAAGGUUUUGUGUAGUAAAGGAAAUUUAGAUGUGUUGAAGAAGCUCUUUCAUCAAGUAAAAUGACAUCUUCUGAGGUUUCAAGCAAAGGCAACAGAGACACGUUUUCUUCGUCUUGUUUUAGUGACAGAAAUGACGGAGUUACUGAUACGAGAAAUGGUAUGGCUACCUCCGGUCCCGGUAAAGCUGAUGCGGACAUAGCUCUUUAUAAGGAUCUAUGGCGAGCAUGUGCGGGUCCGCUUGUUACCGUGCCUCGCGAGAACGAACUAGUGUUCUACUUCCCUCAAGGACACAUCGAACAGGUUGAGGCGUCGACAAAUCAGGUGGCGGACCAACAGAUGCCGGUGUAUAACCUUCCGGCCAAGAUACUUUGCCGUGUCGUUAACGUCCAGUUGAAGGCAGAGCCAGACACGGACGAGGUGUUCGCGCAAAUUACUCUGAUGCCUGAACCUAAUCAAGACGAAAAUGUGGUUAAGAAGGAACCACCACCACCACCAGAAUCACAGUUUCGUGUGCAUUCUUUUUGCAAGACGCUGACUGCUUCAGAUACCAGCACUCAUGGUGGAUUUUCAGUUCUGAGACGUCAUGCUGAUGAAUGCCUUCCUCCAUUGGACAUGUCAAGGCAACCCCCAACACAGGAAUUGGUGGCUAAGGAUUUACAUGGAAGUGAAUGGCGUUUCAGGCACAUAUUCCGAGGUCAACCCCGAAGGCAUCUGCUUCAAAGUGGUUGGAGUGUAUUUGUUAGUUCAAAAAGGCUUGUAGCUGGUGAUGCUUUUAUAUUUCUAAGAGGCGAAAAUGGUGAACUUCGUGUAGGAGUAAGACGUGCAAUGAGACAACAACCAAACAUACCCUCAUCCGUCAUAUCCAGCCACAGCAUGCAUCUUGGAGUCCUUGCAACAGCCUGGCAUGCCAUUCAAACUGGAACAAUGUUCACAGUUUAUUACAAACCUAGGACUAGUCCUUCAGAGUUCAUUGUUCCCUUCGAUCAAUACAUGGAAUCUGUCAAGAACAAUUAUUCUAUAGGAAUGAGAUUUAACAUGAGGUUCGAAGGCGAAGAGGCUCCAGAGCAAAGAUUUACUGGAACUAUUGUUGGGAUUGAAGAACGUGAGCAACAAAGAUGGCCAGAUUCAAAAUGGAGAUACUUGAAGGUAAGAUGGGAUGAAAGCUCUACAAUCCCUCGUCCAGAAAGAGUUUCACCAUGGAAAAUAGAACCUGCUCUUGUUCCUCCUGCAAUCAAUCCACUUCCAGUACACAGACAAAAGAGACCUCGGUCAACCAUGUUGCCUUCAUCACCUGAUUCCUCUGUUCUCACCCGAGAAGGUCCAUCAAAAAUGGGGACAGCAGACCCUUCACCUGCAUUCUCAAGGGUCUUGCAAGGUCAAGAAUUAUCGACCUUGAGACCCACUUUUGUGGACAGCAACGAAUCAGAUUCAUGUGAUAGGUUAAUCCAAUGGGCACCUUCUGUAGUAGAUGAUGAAAAACGGCAUCAUGGGUCAGAUAGAAUUUUAUCUGUUGGGAGAACUCCAGAGUCAUCUUUCACAGAUCUGUUAUCAGGUUUCGGGUCUACAAACGAAUUGUCUACUACACCUGCACCUACACCUAACGAAUCAAAGUUCAACUUACAUUCAAAUCCAUGGUCCAUUAUGCCAUCCGGUUUAUCCCUCAGUUUGUUGGGUGGUGGCAUGAAAAGCAAUGAAAUUUCAUAUCAAAGCCGAGAUGUUAGGUUUAGUGCUUUUGACGAGUAUUCCGGUCAACAUAGUCAAAGGGGAAACGGAGAGCAGGCUGGUAAGUGGGUGAUGCCUCCGCCAUCUCUUACUUCGUAUCUCCAGAUGCCUUCUCAUUCCAGUGAUGUGAAUGUGAAACCAAAAGAUGGAAACUGUAAAAUAUUUGGGGUGCCACUUGCUGGUAACAGAAACAUAUCAGCAGAUGCAGCAGCAACACAUCAAUACCACAUAUUUGAUUCUGAUCAAUCCAAGCGUUUGAAAGUCAUCGAUCAUAAUCCAUCUAAAGAGCAAGAUAAAGAAUACCAACAUUUCCAACAAGCGAAACUCCAAGGUGUUUCUGUUUCUUCAAGAAGUUGUACAAAGGUUCACAAACAAGGGAUUGCUCUUGGCAGAUCUGUGGAUCUUACUAAAUUUAACGACUACGAUGAACUGAUUGCUGAACUGGACGUUAUAUUUGAAUUCAACGGGGAACUAAAGACACGCAACAAGAACUGGCUGGUUGUAUAUACAGAUGAUGAAGGUGACAUGAUGCUUGUUGGAGAUGAUCCGUGGCAGGAAUUCUGUGGGAUGGUUAGGAAGAUCUUCAUCUACACCAGAGAAGAGGUUCAGAGAAUGAAUCCGGGGACUUUAAAUUCAAGAGACGAAGACAAUUCAUCGGUAGCAGAAGGCAUGGACGAAAAAGACACAAGGAAAAUCGAAAACGCAUAAGUGCUCUAAUUCAUAUAUUAUAUAAAUUAGGUCGAUGUUGUAGGUGAAUUAGGGAGUAGUAUGGUGUUGGGAACAACUGAAAUAAAUAUUUGAGUUGCUUCAAGAGUCUACUCCUUCCAACUUCCCGGAUGAUGACGUGAGUCUUGGUAAUAUAAUAUUUUUCAAUUUUGGACAACCGGAGCUAUAAUAUAUAUAUAUAUAUAUUGUUAUGUUAGCUCCUCUAUAUAUAAUAUAUGAUACACGUAAACAUAUAUAUAAUAUAAUAUAACGAUGUUUGAGAACAGAACAUGGUGUUAUGCUUUUGGUCUCAAGUCGUUUUACCCUGUACAGAGUCUGUUUUCCCACUUGCAUGCAUGUAACAAGUAUAUGUCAAUGAAAGACUCGAUUUGGCUUA